AUGAAUGAAAUACCAUUCAUUUCAUAUUACCCAAGAUUAAAUGUACGAAUUUCCAACGAAGAAGAAUUAUUAGAUUUCUUAGAUCAAAUAGAAUUCCCAGCAUCAAUAAAAAAAUAUUCAAUUCUCACUAAAUGCUUUAAGAACCCAAUUUGA